CAAUAAUUGGAUAACAAAAAAAUCAGCAAAUCGCUAUUAUUAUUUUUUUAUGUGCGAAGUUUCCUAUCCUUUGUAAAUAAAUGACCAUCUCAUAUUCAGCAGAAGUCCCAAAUGGCAGUGCAUUUGGGUGCUUUUGGAAAAUUUUAUGGAAGUGGCGUGGUAGUGUAUACAAAUUAGUUUGGCGUGAACUUCUUGCUUAUUUGGGAUUAUAUUAUUCAAUUAAUUUUAUAUAUCGAUAUGCUCUCGAUCAAGAUCAAAAACGCUAUUUUCAAAAAGUAUCGGGUUAUGUCUAUGAUAAUUUUAGCGUUUUCGAAAAAGUGCGGCUUUACUUUGGAGCACAGAGUGAAUCUAUUCCGAUGUCCUUUGUACUAGGCUUUUAUGUAAGCUUAGUCGUUAAACGAUGGUGGGAGCAGUACAAAUUAUUACCAUGGCCUGAUACUCUAGCUUUAUUUAUCAGUGCUGCUAUUCCUGGGAAUCAGGAGCUUGGUAGAUUAAUGAGACGAAAUAUAAUGAGAUAUAUGGUCUUAGCAUAUGUGAUAACCCUACAGCGAAUUUCAUUGCGUGUAAAACGACGCUUUCCUGGACUUCAGCAUCUCGUUGAUUCCGGUCUCAUGCUCGAGAGUGAGAAGAAAAUUUUUGAAAUUAUGGAUUCCAAAAGUCCAAUGUCCAAAUAUUGGAUGCCAUUAGUCUGGUCAACAAAUAUUAUUAAUCGUGCCAGAAAAGAUGGGCUUAUAACGUCAGAUCAUAUUGUACAGACGAUAUUGAUGGAAUUAUCUGAUAUAAGAAGAAGACUGGGUGCACUUAUAGGAUAUGACACAGUGUCGGUUCCUCUUGUUUAUACACAAGUCGUAACGUUAGUUCUUUAUACAUAUUUUAUUGCUGCUUUAAUGGGACGACAAAUGGUUCCUUCAUCAGAUACAACAGCCGGUAAAAAAUACGAGGACCCUGACUUGUAUUUUCCACUAUUCACAGCACUUCAGUUUUGUUUUUACGUCGGAUGGCUUAAAGUUGCUGAGGUACUUAUAAAUCCAUUCGGUGAAGACGAUGAUGAUAUUGAAUUGAAUUGGCUGAUUGAUCGUCAUAUAAAGGCUUCAUAUAUGAUUGUUGAUGAGAUGCAUGAAGAACAUCCAGAGUUGUUAAAGGAUCAAUAUUGGGAAGAAGUUGUACCGAAAGAGCUUCCAUAUACAGUUGCAUCAGAGCAUUAUCGAAGACACGAGCCAAAAGGUUCAGCAGAGACGUACAAGGUCAAGGAAGCUGAUGCUGUUUAUGCAAAUAUUAUGCCACACAAGAGAAGUCUCAAUGACGAUGUAUAUGCUGAUUAUGAGAGUGUAGAUACACCAAUGGUUGAGCGACGAAAGAAUUGGUUUAGUCGACAAAUGCUGAGGAUGGGAUCAAUGAGAAGCUCAUCAACUGCUUAUUCAUCUGGUGGAAUUUUCAAUCGAAACAGGUUGAACUCCGAAGUCUACUCAAGUCCUGAAGCAGGCUUAACGCCGCAUCAUAUGCAUCAUCCAACAAGUAAGAUGAGCCGAAAGUCUGGUAGAAACAAACAUUUGUUCAAACAAAAUUCUAAGGGAAAUAUACUAAAUGGGCAAAUGGUUCCAAGAGUUCGAGAACGUGUUCCAACGCCAGAAAAUGACAGUCGAAUAAACAUUAAUAGCACAUCUAAUAAUAAUCCGUUUACAUUACCAUCAAUUUCAUCUAGUGUUGCUAUGGCAACAUCACAACUUGCAACAAAUCCCACAAUGUUUCCAUCAUCAAACAAUUCAGUUCCAAUAUUAGGAACUUUACUUCUUUCACCUAUUAAAGAAUCUGAUUCUGUCAAUAACACAUUAUCGUCUGGCUCUUUAGCCGCAAUGACAUCUAAUAAAUCAAUUUUACCACUUAAUACAACAUCUACAAAUGCACAAUUUGGAUCACUUGUCAUGACGACAAACUCUAAUCAAGAUCUUGAGAAUUUUGUGAUGAUUCCAACAACCACAACAAUAACACAAAAUGAAAAUGAAUUAAUUCCCAUCCAUAAUGUUCCGCUAGCAAUUACAACGACAGCAAGUCAAACGACUGCAGUAAUUACAGAAUUGCCUGUUGAUCAAACAGAUUCCAUCAGAUCGAGGGGUACUACUCCAAGAUUAGAGAAUUUAUUUGGUGAUGUCACUGCCUCACCAGGUCUAAAGAAUAAAAUCGAGAGACAACAGUCAUUAGAUUCUGAGAAUACGACCACAAAUGUAGAUAAUAAUAGCAAUUCAUCAAAUUCUACACUUUCUAGGCGACCUGCUAAAGUCAAUGGCAAGAAUGGUGAAGUUUAUGUAUAAUGAAGACAUUGUGAAUUAUGAGAAAUAAACAAAUUAUUUUAUUUUCAAUG